AUGUCUCUCAUUGAACUCAGUUACACUUUCUGUGCUGGCAUCGUGGCCUUGAUUAUUGUCAUUUCAAGGCUUUACAAUGUGGGCCAGAGGCCAAAAGGCUAUCCACCAGGGCCACCUACUCUGCCUUUCGUCGGCAAUUUGCAUCAGAUCCCCUCGGAAAAGCGACACUUGCAGUUCGAGAGAUGGGCUCGAGAAUAUGGACCGAUAUACUCCCUGAUGCUCGGUACCAAGGUUAUGAUUGUCCUGAACUCGCAUGAGGCUGUAAAAGAGUUAGUAGACAGGCGGGGAGCUAUCUACUCCUCGAGGCCAGAGUCGUAUAUCGCCCAGGAUGUCCUCAGUGGCGGUCUCAGGAUUCUCUUUAUGAUAUCUCUGGUUGAUGAUAUCCGUUGUUAUAUCUCACCUGAGCCGAUGUGUGAAGGGGGAACUGAAGACGAGAUGAUCGAGGAAGCAUUGAAACCAAAUAACGGGCCGUGGAAGAUGGCCCGCAAGUUGGGCCAGCAUGUUCUGGGUGUAACUGCGGCACGGACUUACGUACCAUAUCAGGAUCUCGAGAACAAGGCUAUGCUGCUUGGAUUCUUGGAGAGUCCAGGUGAUUUCAUUAGCCACCUUCGACGUUACACGGCUUCUCUGACCACUCAGAUGACGUUUGGCUUCAGAACGACGACCAUGCAUGACCGGAGAUUCAGACAGGCAUUUGAGAUUUCUGAUCACAGUUCUGAGAUGAUUGGAUCUUUAACAGCCGCUAUGUUAGAUUUGGUGCCUGUACUGAGGAACAUCCCUGAUUUUCUUCUUCCCAUGAAAAAGGAUGGAAGAGAUAUGCAUCGUAGGGAGUUAAGCCUUUUUCGUGAACUCUUUCUCCAGACCAAAGAGGGUCUGAAACUGGGCACAGCCAAGCCCUGCGUUUGCGUCGACCUCGUCAAGAUGCAAAGGGAAUUAAAGUUCUCUGACAACUUCGCGGCAUACAUCGGCGGCUCGUUGUUGCAAACUGGCUCUGAGACUACGGCAUCCGUGCUGGUUGGCUUUGUCCAGGCCAUGGUCCUCUUCCCAGACGUGGCCAAGACAGCGCAGGAAGAGCUGGACCGCGUCUGCGGUGGUCGCAUGCCGAAUCUUAAUGAUGUCCCAGAUCUUGCAUAUAUCCGUGCUUGUGCCAAGGAAACUUUACGAUGGAUGCCGGGUUUCAUGUUGGGAAUAUCACACAGUGUGACCCAGGACGAUACAUAUGAGGGAUGA